ACAAGCCUCCAGAAAGUUUUACACAAGGACAUUUGGGCCCAGCUCCAAACACUGCCGGCCCGUCCAUUAGGAGGAUUAUUAUGCGUCCGAAAGCCGCUGCUUCUUCACCCUGAGCUCCAUCUGCUUGAGUGUCCAAGGACAUGAAACUCAAUCCACAGCAGGCUCCAUUGUAUGGGCGGUGUGUUAUCACAGUGCAGCUCGCUGAUGAAGAGCUGGCUGGUGAGGAGGGCGUGGACUACUUCCUGUUGUUUGCUGGCAGCACACAGAGGCACCUGACCAGCACCCUAAGGAGCAAUCAUGACACCUUGCAGGCAGUGUGUCCCGCUCAUGACUGUUGCGAGGUGGUGUUGGUCACCUUGUGUUCAGUCAGCCGAGGUGUCCCCGAGGCCCCCGAAGACCUAAAGCCCUGUGUGGGUCGCGUGGCUCCUUUGGCCGAGCAUCGAUUCAGCUUUGUCCAGGAUUUGGCUUUUGACAUGGCCCAGUUCCUGGUGAGCACGGCGGGUCGGACUGACGGCCUCGAUGGGGCGCUGCUGCUCGAUGAGUGUCAGAUUCCCCUGCAGGAGUGUGAACGUCUGGACGAGAGCCUGGCGCUGGCCCUCCACCAUCUGACGCUGCCUCCAGGAUGGAGCUUACUUGGGAGAAAACUAACCAACAACACUGACCCGAAUCCUCAGGAGACUCUGCUGCAUUUCUCAGCACGUCGAGGUCUUUUUCGAGUUACGCACUUCUUGCUGCAGCAGUCUGGAGCAAGAGAAGCGCUGCGAUUGGCCAACAGACAGGGCCACACCCCCUCCACCAUUGCAGCCCUCCGAGGACACGAACGCCUCCACAAGCUCCUCACAAAGGCUGAGACGGACACAGAGACGGACAAAAGGACUGAGACUGUCCAGCUGGUCUCUAAGGAUGCCUGGGUAGUUUGCCACCUCCCCAGGCUGAACACACACACUCUGACGCUGAGCAACCACCCUGGCCACGACCCUUUGACCCUUCAGAGGAGCGUGGAGCAGCUGCUACACAUGAUAUGCCAUCUCCAUGCCAAGGGAGUUUCUGUACUGGAGCUGCAGUUUGAUUCUCUCCACACCGCUGCUGAAUGUUGUGAUGGUGUAGAAACAGAGAUAACCUGUCUGGAGCGACUACAGCAGCCUUCUCUAGCAUCACAGUGCCUGGAUACAACAACAGGAGGGAACUGGGAUGAAAACUGCUUUGUGGAAAGCAGCAGUAGUGUUCAUUGUGGACACGGUGAGACUGGGAAUGCAGAGAAAGACUGGAGUUUGUCUGUGAGUACUCCAGCGUCAGAGGUACGUCCCCAGGUGCAUGGACUCGGACCCCCAGAGGACUGGGUGUGUCUCAGUUCAAACACUGAGAGCGAUUACUGCCAAACAGAGGAGGGAAGGGAGCAGCCUGUUGUUUCCACCCAGAGUUUGAGUUUGUGUGACAGGAGUGAAGGAGCACAGAGUGAGGCAGAAGGAGAGAGCUUUACUGUGGGAAUCCUACCACCAGCAGGCUGUGGUAAACAGGCAGAGGAAACUGAUAGAGGGGAGGCUGUGAUCCGGGAAGGAGAGGAGGCCACGGAGGGAAAGGAUAUAUCAGGGCAGGAAGCAGAGGACAGCACAGCUAAAAGGAGGGAGGAGGAGACCAUCUCCGAGUCAACAGAUCUAAUAACGCCCAGUGGAGACACGAAAGCUUUAGUCAUGGGCCAGACACCAUCAUCAGAGAGCUCUAACGUUUCUGAUACCUCUGAUUCUGAAAUGAAGGAGUGCUGUCAGGAAGGAGAGAACGUCGGGAAAGAAGAGAUGAAACUUAGCCAGGAGCUCUGUGACGGACUCUCUUUAGAUGAGGAGAGGGCAGAGAGUGAAGGGUUAACAGACCCUUUAUCAACCCCAGGAGACCUCCCCAACCUAUCGCUGAUAGACUACGGUGAUGUAAUUGAGGAGCCUGAAUCUGCUGUUCCACGUCUCUCGAUAGAAGGCCUCCACGAGGGGGAACCUCCGCCAGACAUAAACAGCCUGGAACAAAACCAGGAAACAGCUGGUAGGGAUUACACUACAGAGCAGCAGGGCUUGGCUCCAGAAACUGGUUGUCAUUCUGGGAAUUGUACUGGAACAACCAGUGGUAAAGAGUUAGAUCGUGAAGACGUAGCUCAGCCUUCUGGAUACAGUAUCGAAAGUACCGUUUUGCCUAGUUUGGACGAACCUGACAAUAUAGCUGACUGUCACACUACUGGAAACUCCAUGGAAGAUAUACAGACAGAUCCAUCAGUUGAACCAUCACCUGAAAAGGUUCCCAGAUCCAGUAAUAGACAAGCUGAUCUUGAUUCAGGGAUUACCCAUGGCCUCUCCAGUGAUGAUGAUGGCAGUUUCCAAUCAGUCGGGAGCUCCACAACAGAAAUAUUCCACCCCACUCAGGACACUGCUUGUAUGGUGAAUCCGGACUUGCUUCAAACCAAGAUAGCAGAACUGUCCUCAACAGGAUUCAAAAUGGAGGGACCAAAUGAUUCAAAACCUGGUGAAAACAAUGAAGCGGACACUGGCAGUGAACUGACAGUGACAGACUGCUGCCAGACUGGCACUGAGCCUGAAUCACAACUGUCACCCAGCCUCCAAACAAUGGAGGCAUUGAAUAUAGAGGGGACAGGAGAGGAAAUCGCCCCAGAACUUUCCAACGAGAAUCUGUCGUUAGGUCCAGCGCUGUUACAGAGCGGGGACUCUUCAAUGGUGAAGGUCGAUGAAAGCAAAACUGGAGAGGCAGACGACUCAGAACUGAAUGCGGAGAUUGAGUAUUUGGCAUCAGAGGUCACCAGUAGGGUUGUAUUUAAACCCAGUCCAUCUGUUGCAGAAGAAAGUGACGUGAUUAACCCACUUGAAGGGGACCAUCAUAAAGAGACCAGUGAGAAAUCUGCAGUAAACUUGGCUGAAAAGAGUGGAGAUGUGCAAUUGGUGCCACACCAACCCAAACUGGAUAUUUCAGAGAUGACGGCAGAUGAGACGUCACUUGAUGAAGGAUUAAGGGGCUCAGAGAAUGAGAUUAAUGUGUCCUCAUCACAAGGUGUCACUCAACUUUCAGAUAGUAAAGAUGUCAAUGCUAAUGUUACACACAAUGAAGCAUCCAUUGAACCUCAUGUUGAAAAUGAAAAUCCAAAGACCCUUGACGCAGUGGAUGGCAACUCACAAAGUGCAAUUGAAGAGCUGGAAGCCAUCAUGUCUGAAGAAACUGUAAUUGCUGCAGGGCAGAAAGAAAAUGGCCCAACAGAGGAAAGAGACAUCUCCAUGAUCCACCGAGACAGAGAGGCGUCGUUCCAUCUGCCCUGCAACACUCAGCACUCAGAAUCCUCACAGUCUUCAGCGUCUCCCAGUUUGCCCAGUAGAACCAGCAGUGCCACCAGCUGUCCCUCAGCAGCUCACAGAGACUCUGGCAGCGACAUAGAAAGCCUGCUGAAUGCAGAGCCGGGAUAUGACACCGUCUUCAGAAAGAACGAUGAACCAGUGACAGGAGGAGACAGUGCCAGCGAGGUUUCCGUCUCCUGUUCCUCCACAGACGACACCACCAGUGUUGGUCCAUCCAGUUCUAGUCCCGAGGGCAGUCAGGGCCUGGAAUGCAGCUGGAGCCCAGAGGAGGGCAUCCAGACUGGGGAUACUAUCACUGCAGGACUAGACAGUGGUGGUGGAGAGGGAGGAGGAGGAGCAGGAGAAGCUGAAGAAGAGGCCAAAGACAGAGUGACAGAGGUGCUGCGGCGCUCCUGUGUCCUCCGGAGCAGUAUCCGCUCCCUGUCGCCUCUUCGCCGUCACAGCUGGGGUCCUGGAAAGAACAACGGAGGAGACGCAGAGAUGAACCAGAGGAGUUCCAUCCGUAGUCCUGGUGAGGGGAAGCUGACCUUUCACAGGAGAAGCUCCAUUCCUCCCCUGACUCAUCCCUCUGCCUCACACUCUGUUAGCAUCCGCUGGUGCCCUUCCGAUGCUCCCCACAGCCACGGUGUGGAAGUAGUUAGUUCCCUCAGCUACAGCCUGGAGGGGCUCAGUGGGGGCCAGGAAGAACUGAGGGGCCCCACCAUCCGGGGGCCCCGAAUCCUGGAGCCUUCAAGGAUCCCUCGGCAAGACAGCGAUGACAGGGGAUCCCUGGUUUCUCUGACAGAGGAGCAGGAGGAGCUGGGCGAGCACAGCAGACUACAUGACUUGAAAUCAAGGCGAUAUCGGCCUCUGCGAAACAGCUGUCCUCCCAUGACCCUGCCCCUCACCAAGUCUGUUUCCAUGCUCGCCAUCAGCCAGAGAGACAUUGAUGGUAUGAGAUCGUUUUCCAGUGCCUCUGGGUCACUAGCACACAGUAUAUCAGAAGAGGAGCCUGGCCCACUGCGGAGCGACACUGAGGGAAAGAGUGUGACAAAAGUCAGCCGGACCUUCAGCUACCUCAAGAACAAGAUGUACAAAAAGACCAGGGAAAAGGAAAGAGAGAAAAAGGAGAAAGAGAAGGAGGGCAAGGAGAAGGACAAGAGAGCAAUUAAUGGUCAUCUAUUCACAACGAUCAGCUCAGGCCAGGCAAUCCAGUGCUCCCAGUGCAAUAAGGCUUUCAACAGCAAGGAUGCUUACCAUUGCACACACUGUAAUGCUUCCGUCCACAAGGGCUGCAGGGACAGCCUGCCUGUUUGUGCCAAGGUGAAGAUGAAGUUGCCCAAACAGCAUUUUGCAGUACCAGAUUCAAGCUCAUUUUCUACAGUCACGAUGAGGAACAAAUCUGGUGGGACAAGGGAGCGCCCCUGGUCGGCCAUUUUGUCCCCCGAAGACCAUUCUUCCCUGAUGAUCCCAUCAUCACGGAGACACACCAGCAUUAUGCCUUUCCAUGGCAACAACCUCUCCAAGAGUCUCUCUAUAAGCAACAUCGCUGGUCCGGUGUUUGAUGAGAUGCCCAUUAAAGGCCUGCGGUAUCUCUCCCAGUCUACUGACUCCCUCAACAGAACCAACCAGGUCACAGAAUCCAUGGAAUCGCUCACUGAUGAAGGGACAGAGAUGAUGGACGGGCAGCUGAUGGGGGAGUUUGAGGCAGAGUCCAAGGAGCUGGAAGCUGACUCAUGGAGUUUAGGUGUGGAGCAGCAGUACCUGCAGCAGUUGGACAAAGAGCUGGUGAAGAGACAGGAUGUCAUCUACGAGCUGAUGCAGACAGAAAUACAUCACAUCCGGACAUUGCGCAUAAUGUCAGAAGUCUACAGCAAAGGCCUGCAGAAGGAGGUCCAGCUGGAGCAGCAGACAGUGGAGAAACUGUUCCCCGCUUUAGAUGAACUCCUGGAGCUUCACACACAGCACCUCCUCCGCCUCCUGGAGAGGAAGAGGGAGGGCCAGCUGGAAUGGGGCAGCUCGGAGGGAGGCUUCAUCAUUAACAGGAUAGGAGAUAUCCUGGUCAGCCAGUUCUCAGGAUCCAACGGUGAAAGCAUGAAGAGGGUUUACGGAAGAUUCUGUAGCCGCCACAACGAAGCCGUGAACUUCUACAAGGACCUUCUGACCAAAGACAAACGCUUCAAGGCUUUUAUCAAAAAAAAGAUGAGUAGCAGCAUUGUGCGGAGGCUUGGCAUCCCAGAAUGCAUCUUGCUGGUGACCCAGAGGAUAACAAAGUACCCCGUGCUGAUUCAGAGAAUGUUGCAGCACACUAAAGAAAGCGAGGAAGACUACGACGACCUCACGGACUCUGUUCGGCUUGUGAAGGAGGUGAUUGCGGCGGUUGACAGCAAGGUGAACGAGCACGAAAAAAGACGUCGUCUGAAGGAAUUUCACGGCCGCAUGGACAGCAAGUCCAUCAUGAUGAUGAAGAACGGUCAGAUUUUCGCCAGGGAGGAUCUGCUGAGGAGGAGGCUGAUCCACGAUGGAGUGCUGCAGCUGAAGAACAGCCAGGGAAGACUAAAGGAUGUCCACGCUCUGCUACUAUCAGACGUUUUCGUCUUCCUCCAAGAGAAAGACCAGAAAUAUGUCUUCGCCAUGCUGGACCAGCGCUCCACGGUCAUCUCCCUCCAGAAGCUGAUCGUGAGGGAGGUCGCAAACGAAGAGCGCGGCCUCUUCCUCAUCACGACAGGCAUUGAGAAGCCGGAGAUGAUGGAGGUCCUGGCCGGCACGAAGGACGAGCGCAACACCUGGAGGCAGCUCAUCCAGGAAGCCAUGCAGUCCAUGGAGAAGGAUGAGGACGAAGGGAUUCCCAGUGAGACAGAAGAUGACAAGAGACAACUGGAGACUAAAGCCAAGGAGAUGAGAGAUCUGUUGAAGCAGAAGGACACAGAGAUCAUGUCUCUGCUGGAGGAAAAGGUGCGGCUCUUCAGGGGGAUGUGGGAAGGCUUGAACGCAGGCGAGGAGGCCUGCCGGCAGGCCGAACCUUUCUUCAGGGCUGCUUGCAGCCUGGAGCCGCCCAGGGGGGCGUCCGUCAUGAAGGAUGCCCUGCAGGAAGUGGAGACGUUACAGGCACUAGUGAACGGGAGCCUAGGCGGGGCGAUGGCCAGCGUCCAGGAGGGAGGAGGCGCGGGGCCGGUAUGUUUGCCCCGUCGUGCCGAGACCUUCGGAGGAUUCGACAGUCACCAGAUGCACAGCAGUAAAAGUGGAGACAGAGACGAGAGCGAGGAUACAGCAGGAGAUCUGCGCAGGACGGAGUCCGACAGCGUUUUAAAGAAGGGAGGAAACGCCAACCUGCUGCUACUGCUGAAGAAGAACAGUGAGCAGGUCCUUAACAGUGUCUCCAAUCUGCAUCUCCUGCUCAGCACUCUGCAGGCGGUGGUGGUUCAGCAGGACAGUUUCAUAGAGGAUCAGAGGCAGGCCCUGAGCGAGCGCUCCUCCUCCUGCACAUCCUUAUCGCGACCGACCUCGCGGCCCAGCUCGCUGAUUGAACAGGAGAAGCAGCGCAGCCUGGAGAAGCAGCGGCAGGAGCUGGCCUCCCUGCAGAGACAGCAGGCAGCUCAUGCUGAGGAGAAGAGGAGAAGGGAGAAGGAGUGGGAGCUGAGGGAACAUCACCUGACUGAAAGGGAGGGGCUGGUGCACAUACAGCAGGAGGAAGAGGUCCUGAAGCAGCACAAGGAGCUGGAGGAACAGAAGCGUGAGCUGCAGAGUAAGAAGGAAGAGUACCAGAAAGACCUGGAGAGGCUGAGAGACGCCCAGAGGAAGCUGGAGAGGGACAGAGAGAGUGUGCAACGGCAGCUCGAAAAGAUGCAGGAGGUCCGUGUAGCUGAGAGGACUCCCUCUACAACGUCAGAUGAAUUCCAGUUCCCCGGCAGCUCCCAGUCUCUGGAGCUGGACCCGCUGGAGCUCUCCUCUUCCUCUUCCUCUUCUCUGCCGAGACUGCAGCCCCAGCGGUCUAAGCCUAAAGGAAAAGGCCUCAAUCCCUUUACCUCAUCCUCCACCAACCUCAAGGGCAGCGACGCCAACAGCCAGAUCUCAAAGAGCCUGCUGCAGCUGGCCAAGAACAAGAGCAAAGAGGGGAAGGAAAAGAAGAAGAAGAAGGGCAAAGGAGGGAGCGCACAGACUGCAGACCCCCAGCACCUCCCAGAGCCUCCUCUGGAUGGUGAGAUCUACUGCUGAGAAAAGUGGCCACCUCUUCCUCAUCAUCAACCCAUCACAGCCGUUGUGACAUCUAGAGGAAUGUGUUACUGCCAAGUAGUAAUACAUCCAUCUUACAUACAUAAUACUGCAGUGUACUACCAGGCUUUUUGGCAGCAUUAAAAUCACCUUGGAAGGACUUUUAGUUUGCAUCAUAAUGAAACAGUACACGCAAGAAAAAGACAGAACAUGUUUUUUCUUGCAUUUUUAAAUUAAGUUAGUUUCUGGAAAGUCAAAUAUUUUAGGCAUGCAUACUUGCAAUACAAACAUAGGCAACAUGGAAUAGUAGUAUAUUUUACCGUCUCCCUUUCCAAAAACUCCAUGGUUACAUGACAGAGGAUUAAUUUCUUCAUUUUGAAGAAUCAUAAAUUUGAGAUUGAGUAUCAAAUUGAAAGCAUUUCAAAGUCGAUUGCCUCACAAGCUCUGCCAAGUAUGUCACAGGCUUCACAGCGUCUCUGUUUCUGUUUGUUACAGGCCCAACUAGCCCCCUUUCCAAUAGUCCGUCCUGUCAUUAAGUUCCACACCAACUGGCUGUUAUGUUCAUUUACAGAAGCCUUUUCCAUGUGACUCAAUCCACACGCAUACAAGGACACAGACGUCCCCAAAAUUCCACUUGGAAACCGAUAUGACUGUCAACAAGCUCCAUGUGGCACUGAAAGCUCCUCACUCCUAAUUAUCUUCAUUGAUAAUUAAUAGAAGGCUGAAACCACAGAGGAAAAUGUGUCCCGUGUUUUUAGUGUUUGCUUCAGUGUUUCGUUCCACUUUAAAAGGAAAUUGCUGCCUGACAUUCCUUUACUCACUAUUUGAAAAGCAGAUGUAAUUACGUCCCACUAAUUUUGCCUCCAGUAUGUAAGCAAAAUGGAAUUGGCACGAUAACUUCAGUAAUCCUCUAUAACGACUUUGUGACAUUAAAUCAUGAACCUUGGCUGGGUUUGAAUAUAUUCAAAGUAGCUAAAUCUCCAUUUUGGAGUGGGACUGUUCGGAUGUGCGUGUCUAUUUUCCAGACUCAACAGUAAAGAAAGGAUUGAGACGUAUCUCCCUGUGUCUAAUGGCUCAAUUCACAUCCUUUAGUGUGUUUUAGAGCCUUGGAUGGAUAUUAGCUUGAUCCUCACUUUAUCUGCCUGUCAAUGAGCUUUUAUGCAGCCCUCAUCUUUCAUCUGAGUGAUGACGAGCAGGGCUUUCCUUCGUUUUUUAAUUGCAUGUAACUCUGCAGGUAGCAUACUAAUGGCUUCUGUCUGUUAAAGAGUACAACUUUCUCUUUUAACCUCCCUCUUUCAGUUCUGAUAAUAGACUCAGUAGAUGGUUUUAGGAAAUGGGGGCUGUUAAUUUAGCGACAAAGCAGCUGGUUAGAGGAAAUGAGAAAGGACAUUAAUUAAAAAACACCAAAUGAUGUUAUGUGACUAAACUUUAAUGACUAAACCUGCUCAGCAGGUAUCGCCUGAGUCUCUGAUCAUUUCAAAUUAAUCAACACUCAUCAGUGUUGUUAAGCACUUUGGUCCUUAUAUGUUGAUGCAUUUCUUUUGUUAUCAGUGUGAGAUAUCAAUCAAGGAGAUCUUUGUAUUCUGUGGAACUUUUUAAUCGAGGGCACUGACAAUGAUCCAAAGUGAGAUAAUGUGUUAAAGGACAUAAAAGAUGCUGCGGUUCCAUUUUAUUAGUGUUUAAAAUGGUAAAAAAGAAAAUUGGGUUGGUAGCUUUUAUGUAAUGUUUCUAAGGUGACCUGUCUAAUUUUUAAGCCUGUGUUUUAGCCCCGCUGAGCCCAAAUUAGGGGCCACACAACUACCUGCUGGACAGGUAGGAACUAAAAAUAGAGUUGAAGGUAAAAAAAAACAAAAAAAACACACCUUUUCCAGUGAAUUACAGAGCAGCGCCACUGAACUGCUUUCUUGCUGCCUCUUUUGUCUCGUCUUUAAGUGCUUGUUUGUUAACUUGCCGUCUGUGUUGAGGAUUUGACUUCAUGUCCAGGCUGGUUUAUUAUAGUGUGUCUUCUAAGAGGCUUACAGGCCCGGCCAAUUAGUUGCUUCAUGUCUUUUGUUUAUGGCUUUGGUGUAAUCCUGUCAAAGAAACAGAGGAAUGGGCUUUUUUCCACCUGUCCCUUUAGGUGUGUUUUGACCACUAGGGAGCACUGCACCUAUGACUAAAUUAAUUCCCAAUAACAAUAACCAGAAAAGUAUGAAACAUUUUUUUAAUUUCUUCAUAUCUUCAUAUAUAUAUAUAUAUAUAUUAUCCCUGCUGUGAGAAAUUGACAUAUUUUUCUCAGCAGGUCAUUGGCGUACAGAGAUAAUGUGAUGUGCGUGGGCUCUCACACUCUGUGACAUUUUCCCCACGGCAUUUGUAAUUGACUGAAGAAACAAAUAAGUUGUCAGAGAUUGUAAUUGGUUAUUCAGUGAAACCAGUCAGCAGCAGCUUUAAUAUGAAAAAAGACGGUCUAGCGGUUUGGAGGGAGCGACCGGGCAGAACCACAAACCUCUCUCUGUAAGGGACAAUCAGCAGACGCAAGUCAGGAAAAUGAACUCCCUCCCCGAUGAUGAUAGGCCUGUCCACAAGACGAGUGUGUCCAUCAGGUGAACCCUGCGUAGCCUUAAAUCUUAAUGAUAAAAUGCACUAGAGUAGAACCCAGCAUCUUCUCAGGAGAAAGAGAGGAGCUUUUAUACCUCUGCUUUCAAACGAAGGAAAUGUUUGUACUAUAAAAGUGGUACAGGAUAGUUUAAUUCCCAACAAUGUAAAAAAGGGCAAAUGUAAAUAUGAUUUAUGUAUAAAACAAAUCAAAUGUAAAAAAUUGUUUUGUUGGUGAUCUAUUGCAACAUUUUGUAAGAAUGUUUUAUUUAUGUCUUAUUCUCACCCUUUGGGUGAUGUAAAGUCACAUUUCUCUCAUAAUAAAAAAAAAAAUCAUAAUGGA